GCACAUAAACAUAACUCUCUCUUUUCUCCUCCGAAACAUCAUCACUCUUAACUUUUUCCUUUCAAAUCGUCAUGGAAUUUGCCACUAGUGUUGCAGAGAGCGUCUUGGGUAGGCUAGCCUCUUAUGCUGCCCAAGAAAUCUGCUUGGCAUGGGGUGCCCAACUUGAGUUGCAAAAGCUCAAGGAGACCUUGUUAGACAUCAAAGACUUCCUCCAGGAUGCGGAGGAAAAGCAAGUGAAGAAUCCUAUAAUCAGCCGUUGGUUAGGAGAUGUCAGAGAUGUUUGCAACGACGCUGAGGAUGCACUGGACGAAUAUGAGUUCCGAAAGCUCAGACUCAAAGUGCUCAUCAACGACCAUUGGAGAGUCAAAAGAGAGGUACACCAAUUCUUCUCCCAUUGGAAUCCCGUUGUGUUUAAUUUCAAAAUGGGUCAUAAAUUGAAACGCAUUAGGGAGCGUCUAGUUCAAAUUGAUAAUGAUGGAAAGACAAAGUUUUCUCUCGUUCAACAAACUGAAGUUCUUCCAGCACCCUUGAGGCCAGAUGGUAGUAAAAAGGAGACAGACUCUUUACUGGAAGGUCAUGUUGUUGGAAGAGAUGGUGAUAAGGAAAAAAUUAUCCAUCUCUUUGAUGACACCCUUUCCUCCAGUGUCGAUAAUGUUUCAGUUAUUUCCAUCUUUGGGUUAGCAGGGUUGGGAAAAACCACACUAGCUAAAUCAGUGUAUAAAGAUACUGCGGUGGAGAAGAAAUUUGAUAUUAGAAUGUGGGUAUGCGUCUCAGAGAACUUUAAUAUCCAUACAUUAGUUCAAGGCAUUAUUGCUGCAACUAAACAAAAAUGUGCUAGUGAAAGUUUAGAUCUUAUGAAAAGGGGGUUGCAAGAUAUUUUGAGAGAUAAAAAGUUUUUAUUAGUGUUGGACGAUGUCUGGGAUAUAGAGUCGAUAGGAGUUACUAAUCAAAAAUGGAGUGAGUUAAAAACUUUGUUAGAUGUUGGAGCCAAGGUGAGUAAAAUCAUCGUAACAACACGUAAUGAAUCAGUAGCUUCACUUGUGCAACCUAUACAUAGGCAUCAGUUAGAAGGCCUUUCUCGUGAGGAUUCCAUGACUUUGUUUAAAAAAAAUGCAUUUAACAAAGGAGAGGAGUCACACUAUCAACACUUGAUAAAAAUUGGAGAAGACAUUGUGAAGAAGUGUGGAGGGGUUCCCUUAGCACUAGCUACUCUAGGGAGUUUACUUCACUCGGAAAGGGAGCGACGUCAGUGGUUACAUGUAAGAGAUAAUGAAAUAUGGAGUUUGCCUGAAAAUGACAACAUUAUGGCUGCACUAAAAUUGAGCUACAAUGCACUGCCACCUCAUUUGAAGCCUUGUUUUGCCUUUUGUUCACUUUUCCCCAAGGAUUAUCAAUUUUUAAGUGAAGAAAUAAUCUCAUUAUGGAUGGCACAAGGCUUCCUCAAGUCCUUGAGAGAAAAUGAAGAUUUUACCGAGAUGGGCCUCGACUAUAUUAGGCAGUUUUGUUCCAAGUCUUUGUUUCAACUUGAAGUUGAUUGUAAGACUAGUGUGCAGUUCAAAAUCCAUGAUUUAGUGCAUGACUUGGCAAUAUCAGUGGCACGGGUAGAUUGCUCCUCAAUUAAUUUCCGUCCCACUAGUGCUUUUGAAAAAGUCCGACACGUGUCAAUAUCGGAAAAAGACUUGUCUGGGGAUGUGGCAGGAGUCCCGGCAUUCAUUCUCCAGUCGGAGAAACUGCGGACCAUUCUAAAUGUAGAUAGUGAAGCUGGGAUCUCCAAUCAAUAUUUUCUAAAGACAUGCAUCUUGAGAUUCAAGUAUCUGCGUGCGCUAGAUGUGCGUCGUUCUACUCUUGAGGAGCUACCAAGUUCCAUUGGUAACUUGAUUCAUUUAAGAUAUCUCAACCUGGAUUUUAAUGAGAAGAUAAAACAGCUUCCCAGUUCCAUUUGCAAGCUCUUGAAUUUGCAGUUCUUAAGCCUUGGCCGUUGUAUGGCACUUGAGGAGUUACCCAAAGGCAUAGGGAACCUGAUCAAUCUCAGAUAUUUGUAUAUAACAACACAGCAGAUGUAUUUUCCGAAAGGAGUAUUUAGACGCCUCACCUUACUUCAAUCCUUGUUCAUUGGGACUUGUGCGAAUCUGAAAUCUCUGGGAGAAGAGAUCCAAUACCUCACUAACCUUCGUCAACUGUCGAUCGGUUUCUGUGGAAAUCUGGAGUCCUUGCCACCUAACAUGAAGAACUUGACUGCACUCCAUACUUUGGGGAUCGUUAAUUGUAAGAAGCUUGAGUUAAUGAGGUCGGGAGAAGGCAUCAAUGGUCUCAGAUCAUUCGCUGUCAUCAUAUCAGAUUUGGAGGCUUUGCCCAAUUGGCUUCAAGAGUCUGCAGACACUUUACAGAGCAUGCACAUCUCGAAGUGUGAUAAUCUCACGGCACUUCCAGAGUGGUUACAAAAUCUCACCUUGCUGGAGCAACUGACGAUUGGGGACUGCCCCAAAUUGUCUGCUUUGCCGCAAGGGAUGCAUCGCCUCACUGCCUUGAGAAAAUUGGGCAUUGCCGGGUGUCCUGAAUUGAGUAAAAGAUGUAAAAGGGAAACAGGAGAGGAUUGGUCCAAGAUCAAACAUGUCUCAAAGAUUGUACUCGACGGAAGAUGGCCAUGAUAUCAAUGAUUAGGUGAUAUAAUCAAGGUGUGGAUUCGAACAGUUGUAAAAAGAGCACGGGCGGCCACCAGAGGUGAUUUAGAAUGAAUUAGCAGUGUUGCUGCGCACUGUACUGCAUUUGUUUGGGACCUGAACUCAUAACGUUGGAGUUUGAAAUAAGAGAUGUUUCAUUUAUAACUUGAAGUGGUGUGUGAUCGUAGUUUUAAGACCCGUGUGAUUAUUCGUAUGACCAUCUUUUUUUCAAUUUGUAAUGUGUUGGUUUUCUCUUGUAUAUGGUAAGUUUCAUCAAUGUCAGAACUAUAUAAAUGAAUCGUUGUGGAAUCGAAGUUGAUCGCAUAUGAUGAAAUAAGAAAAUUCAAGUUGUACUA